GGGCGCGGCGGCUGGCUGAGGAGCUGCUGGGCGGCGGCGGCGGCGGCGGGCUUGGAGCUGCCGGGCGGGAGCGGCGUAGGCGCGGGGUCACUAGCAGCGCGAACCUGGACAUGGAGCCGCCCGGCGGGGGCCCGGGGCCUGGCCGCGGGACCCGGGACAAGAAGAAGGGCCGGAGCCCGGACGAGCUGCCUUCGACGGGCGGCGACGGCGGCAAAUCCAAGAAAUUUACUCUGAAGCGGCUCAUGGCAGAUGAGCUGGAGAGAUUUACCAGCAUGAGAAUUAAGAAGGAGAAAGAAAAGCCGAAUUCUGCUCAUAGAAAUUCUUCUGCAUCAUAUGGGGAUGAUCCCACAGCACAGUCAUUGCAGGAUGUUUCAGAUGAGCAAGUUCUAGUACUCUUUGAACAGAUGCUGUUGGAUAUGAACCUGAACGAGGAAAAGCAGCAACCUUUGAGGGAGAAGGACAUUAUCAUCAAGAGAGAGAUGGUGUCCCAGUACUUGCACACCUCCAAGGCUGGCAUGAGUCAAAAGGAGAGCUCUAGGUCAGCCAUGAUGUACAUUCAGGAGCUGAGGUCGGGCUUGCGGGAUAUGCCUCUGCUCAGCUGCCUGGAGUCCCUUCGUGUCUCCCUCAACAACAACCCUGUCAGUUGGGUGCAAACAUUUGGUGCUGAGGGCCUGGCUUCCUUGUUGGACAUCCUUAAACGACUUCAUGAUGAGAAAGAGGAGACUGUUGGAAGCUACGAUAGCCGUAACAAACAUGAGAUCAUCCGCUGCUUGAAAGCUUUUAUGAACAACAAGUUUGGAAUCAAGACCAUGUUGGAGACAGAAGAAGGAAUUCUGCUGCUGGUCAGAGCCAUGGAUCCUGCUGUUCCCAACAUGAUGAUUGAUGCAGCUAAGCUGCUUUCUGCUCUUUGUAUCCUACCACAGCCAGAAGACAUGAAUGAAAGAGUUUUGGAGGCGAUGACAGAAAGAGCUGAAAUGGAUGAGGUGGAACGUUUUCAGCCACUGCUGGAUGGAUUAAAAAGUGAGACCUCCAUUGCUCUCAAGGUGGGAUGCCUACAGCUGAUCAAUGCUCUCAUCACACCAGCUGAAGAACUUGACUUCCGAGUUCACAUCCGAAGCGAACUGAUGCGCUUGGGGCUGCAUCAAGUGUUGCAGGACCUUCGAGAGAUUGAAAAUGAUGAUAUGAGAGUGCAACUAAAUGUGUUUGAUGAACAAGGAGAAGAAGAUUCCUAUGACCUGAAGGGACGGCUGGAUGACAUUCGAAUGGAGAUGGAUGACUUCAGUGAAGUCUUCCAGAUUCUCUUAAACACAGUGAAGGAUUCAAAGGCAGAGCAACACUUCCUGUCCAUCCUGCAGCACCUACUCUUAGUCCGAAAUGACUAUGAGGCCAGACCGCAGUACUAUAAGUUGAUUGAAGAAUGUAUUUCUCAGAUAGUUCUGCACAAGAAUGGGGCUGAUCCUGACUUCAAGUGCCGGCACCUCCAGAUUGAUAUUGAGGGAUUGAUUGAUCAAAUGAUUGAUAAAACAAAGGUGGAGAAAUCUGAAGCCAAAGCUACAGAGAUGGAAAAAAAGCUGGACUCAGAGUUAACAGCCCGACAUGAGCUACAGGUGGAAAUGAAAAAGAUGGAAAGUGACUUUGAGCAGAAGCUCCAGGAUCUUCAGGGAGAAAAGGAUGCACUGGAUUCUGAAAAGGAAAAAAUUGCCACAGAGAAACAGAACCUGGAAGCAGAAGUGUCUCAGCUCACAGGAGAGGUUGCCAAGCUGUCCAAGGAACUGGAAGAUGCCAAGAAAGAAGUGGCUUCACUCUCCACUGCAGUUACUGCUGCAGCCCCUCCUAGCAGUGCUACUUUUCCCCCUGCCCCUCCUUUACCUGGUGACUCUGGGCCUGUCAGUCCCCCCUCACCCCCUUUACCAGGAGAGGUUAGCAUAGCCUCCGCACCCCCUCUUCCUGGGGGUGGGGCCAUUCCUCCUCCACCACCUCCUCCUCCUCCUCUGCCUGGGGGUGCCUACAUCCCCCCACCCCCUCCUCUGCCUGGGGGUGCCUGCAUCCCUCCACCUCCCCCUUUGCCUGGGGGUGUUGGCAUCCCCCCACCUCCUCCUCCCUUGCCUGGAGGACCAGGAAUGCUACCUCCCCCUCCCCCUCUUCCUGGUGGAAUCCCUCCACCCCCUCCAUUUCCUGGAGGCCCUGGUAUUCCUCCACCUCUCCCUUUUGGAGUUCCUGCAGCCCCAGUUCUACCAUUUGGAUUAACCCCAAAGAAACUUUACAAGCCAGAGGUACAGCUCCGGAGGCCAAACUGGUCCAAGUUUGUCGCUGAGGACCUUUCCCAGGACUGCUUCUGGACAAAGGUGAAGGAGGACCGAUUUGAGAACAAUGAACUUUUCGCCAAACUUACCCUUACCUUUUCUGCCCAGACCAAGAGUGAGUCCUUUCCUCUUUCAUGCAAAGGGCCAGUGUAGGACUUAGAACAUUUG